AUGACGUCGGAAGAACGACAACGCGUGAGGGAGGAAGAGGAGGACGAGGAGACGCCGCGGACGACGGAGAGUCUUUCGAAACGACUCGUCCGCACCGUCUGCCGCUCGUCUUCUGUAUCUCUGGAGGAGAGAGAGUAUUUGGAACGAUUCGCGAAUCGGAUUUUACGGAGCACUUUGACGACGACGACGACAAAAACGAACGCGUUUUUAGUCGAUGACGACACGGAGGAUGAAUAUUCGAUCCUGGAUAAAAUCAAAGACCGAGUUCGCGACAGGAAAGGGUUCGACGUCGCGGUGGACGUGGCGAGGUUACACGAAAGGUUACACGCGGACGAGGCGUGGCACAGAAGCGUGGGGAAAAAGAGGGAGAUUUUUCAACUGCUUUGGAAGCUUCGAAGAGAGGAAGAAGACGAGGAGGAGGACGGCUCGGAGGGAGAGGAAGACAAGGGACAGAAGUAUUUCGAUUCGCCGGCGAGGACGGUCAAGGAGGAGGAGGACGACGACGACGGGUAUUACGGUUUGCAAACACCGGGACGAGACCACCAUCGGACGACGCGGCGUGGACGCUCGGCGACGGUGGAGCGGUUGUUGGCGAACGACACUUUCGGACCGACGACGACGGCGUUAACUUCUUCUGGCGGCGAGAGAAGAGCACGGAGUAGGAAAAGUAAGAAACACAAGGAGACGCUGGCGACUAUGGCGAGAGCUUUGACGCCGAGCCACCGACACAAGAUGAUCUCACCGUCUACCGCGGCGGUAUCGUCUCCGGUCGGCGGUCCGAGAGACGACGCUUUCAAUAGAUUAGCGUUGGAACGAAGACGAAACGGCGAAGUCGCGGAGUCAAAGUUAGUGAGAGAUUGCAUAUUUGCGUGCAAUGGCAUCGAUGGUAACUACAUCAAGUUUGAUCUCGUGAACGACGCGUACGUCAUUUUUCCGAAAGACGCGCCGAUUGCUCCAGGGAGAAGACACGCGUGUAGGAAAAUUUGCGAGCUCGGAUGGUUGUAUAGAAAGGUGAAAUCGACGUCAGAUGCGCCGACGUCGGCGUUUGCAAAGGAAACUGAAGGCGCGACGAGGAGCGCGUUUCGAAGCGCGCUGUCGAACGAGUUGUCGAAACACUACAAAAUGUUAGCCGUGUUGGAGGCAAAAGUGCAGAACAAUAACGACGACAUCAGUGAAGCGGAAGAAGAGGACGACGAGGCGAAUAAUAUAGUUUUGCUGAACGAUAGAUCGUUCGAUAGUUUAGCGACGACGUCGCAUAGAAGUGGUAGACAUGAUAGAAAUGGAAGUAACGGUGUCAUCUCUGAUCCCAUCGCACCGACUGGUUCAGACGUCGUCACACUCAGACGACUUCUCGUCUGGUUAGACGAGCCGAAACGAAUUAUGCGCGCUUUGGCCAUCGUAUGCGACGCAGUAGAACAUUUAAGAGGCGGCUCGUUACUCGCGGAGUUAUAUAGGCAUUCGGAUACCGGUGAUGUCGUCCACGAUGGCAUCAUUCGACGCGUCUUGGCGAAAACUGCUAAACCGUAUUUUGAAGCGAUGAAAGAAUGGUGCGCGAGAGGCGACUCGAGUUUUAAAUCCGAGGGUACCAGUAACAAAGCGGGAACCAUGAUUGGCGAGUUUUUCGUACAAAGAAACGAUCGUUAUUAUCGUCACAGAAAUAAAAAUGUCGAUAGUGUCCACGCGACGGACAAAGAUCGCGACGAUGACGACGACGAUGAUGAUGUAGAGGCGAUAAACCGAUGGUACCGCUUCGAUUCCGACGACGAGAUUGUCGACGACGGUCGAUUACCUUCUUCAUCGGUGUCUUGGAAGAGCGGCUUCGUCAUCGACGAGAGUUCGAAACCGUUUUUCAUAUCCUCAAAAACGGCAAACGAAACCUUGAAGUGUGGCGCGGCGAUUGCGUUUUUGAAGAACGCGUGCAAAGACGAGAAAUGGGGUGACGCAUCGCGUACGAUUUUGAAACAUUUUGACGAAUUCUUUGCGUCGUUGUCGACAUCGACGGCGUCGACGGCGUUUACUUCUGACGACGAGAAUAGUUUUGAAAAGCUCGUCAAAAUGCUGCCUGAUAUCAUUUCAAACGCUAAACGCGUAGCCGACUCAGCCGUCCGAGAAUCCUUAUUCGAACACUAUCGUCUCAAGGCACACUUUGUCGCGUUGAAGCAGUACUUGUUGUUAGGCCAAGGCGAUUUUAUUCACGCGCUCAUGGAAUCCAUCCACGACGAGCUCGAUAAAGAAAUCGACCCGAUGAGUCGCGAAGGUAUAUCGCAAUAUUCAUUGCGAGGUAAUUUAGACGCCGCCGUUCGCGUUUCCAACGCCUGUUUAGCAGAUCAGCACGUUAUCGAUGCUUUGAGCGUGCGCCUGAUGAAACCGCUGGAGGAUGAAACAGGAUGGGACGUGUUUUCUCUCGAGUACAAACUCCGCGCACCGUUGACGACUAUCUUCAGCGACCGCGAAAUGGGAAGAUAUUCUCGAGCGUUCACGUUCCUUUGGAAGUUGAAACGAGCCGAGUAUACGCUGUGCGAGUUAUGGAAAGCCAUGAAACCGACGGUUUCGUCCAGAUUCCAACGCGAAGGUUUAGGCGGUAACAUCGGUAAAGCGUUAGAGGUUGAACAGGCGCGAUGUCAUCGCGUGCGACAAUCCAUGCACGCAUUGAUAAGCGAUGUCCAGUAUUACGUUAUGUUUGAAGUCUUGGAACCGUCUUGGAACGAGUUUGAAUGUAAAUUAUCCCAUAACGCGGCAAAUGACGAUUUAGAUUCCAUCAUCGCCGGUCACGAAAACUAUUUGAAUUCAGUCAUCGAAAAGGCGUUGUUAGGCACGAAAUCGCAAGUUUUGCAACGAAGUUUACAGCUGAUUUUCGAUUCCGUACAAAAGUUCAAAUCACACACGUUCAAGCUGUACGAAGCGAUCGAGGAUGCCUCGCGGGUGCGAAAAUCCGAUCAAAGACGUAUCGUCGAGCGCGAGAUGAAUCAGCAAUGGGGCGUCGAUUUUGGCGAAUCCAAGGAAGGCGAAGACUAUUUGAGCGAAGAUUUCGUCACGGGCGCGAAGGAAAGUUUAGAUUCCAUCGAAAACGAGUUUCAGAAGCACGUCGAUGGGUUCUUGAAGUUGCUUCCGUUGCAAACGCACGUGGAUACUUCGUUUCUUUCGUUUCGAUUAGAGGCGACGUUUCGGCAAGGCGCUUAG